AUGUUUGCGUCUUCGAAUUUCCGUUGUAUUGCAAUUUUAUUGCUUGUUUCUCAAGCUUGGAGUGCACCACUUUCAUCAACACAAAAUCCUGAUCCAAUCUGUUCGGCUGCGCAACUUCUUCCAUCUGGUCAUUCAUUGAUUUAUAAAUAUAAAACAGACGCUAAACUAUCUGUUGCCAAUGCUCAGUAUGAUUUAAAAAAUCAAAUUACUGCCGAUGCACACAUUAGAAAUUUAGGUGAUUGUAAUUAUGCAAUUCAACUUCGUAAUGUUAAAAUAACUGAAACAAAAGAUGAACAAGAAACAACUGUAACAGCAACUGCAAGUGCUCAAAGAGAACUUGAAAAUCUUGUUGUUCGUUUUCGAUGGGUUGAUGGUUUUAUCGUCGCUGUCGAAGCUGAUUCAUCUGCUAAAGUUGAUCAUGUUAACUUUGUUAAAGGUCUUCUUAGUAUACUUCAAGUCUAUUCACCUGUUCCAACUGAUGGUGAAAAUAUCGUACGAGAAGAAGAUGUACUUGGUGUUUGUACAACUCGAUAUAAAUAUACACAAAAGGCUGGUACAAUACAAAUCAAUAAAUAUAAAGAUUUAUCAACAUGUUCAAGAGAUAAAUUACAUUUAAGUUCAAGUCCUGUUUUAACAUCAGUUCUCGGACCACUCUUUGAAAAUGUUUUCUCAUCUAAAAAACGUUAUGUAUGUCAAACAGAAGUUCGUGAGAAAAAAAUUCAAACAGUUAAAUGUAAAACAAUUGAAAUGGAAACAGAUGAAGAUGAAAAAUCAACUAAAAAAUCAGAAAAAGACAAAAAUGAUGAUGAUAAUCAUGUUCGUAAUGUUGAUAGUAGUUCAGAAGAAGAUAAUGAUAUUGAUUUUAAUGAUAAAGAUGAUGAAGAGGAAAUUUCAACAAAACAUGAAUCCAUUAAACAAGAAUUAAAAUUAGUCAGCAGUGGUGCUGUCAACGUUGAUGGAAGUGCAAUUCGAGUUCCUGUUCGACAAACAUUACAAUUUGCUCCAAGAGCUACAUUUGAUCGAUCUAAUGAACCCGUAUCUGCAUUAGUAACAAAAAUUCAAGCACUCUUCGAUACAAAAAGUUGGAAUCAAUUUGCUGCUUCACGUUUAGUUGAUAUAACCAAUGAAUUAAGACGUAUGGACAAAGCUAGUCUUGAAACAUUUAAAUCCAGUACAGGACUUAAACAUUUAGUACCAACACUUCUUAAUACAAUUUAUGCACAUGAUCCAAGUGCUUCAUUACUUAAUCUUGAUACACAAACAUUAAAAUUUGCUCAUCCAUUAUCUGUCUUCUAUUUGGAUAAACCAUCAAGUGAAUUAGUUGAACAAAUUGUUAAUGCUGCACGACGAUUAAUUGCUCAUCAAGUACCAGAAUUUGUUGGUCCUGCUGCUGCAAUUCUCAAAACAUACAAAAGUCGACAAGAUAAUAAUAAAGAUGCUGACGCUAAAAUUAAAGAUUUUCAAAGAUCUAUCUCAAAAUUUUUAAAUAAUCCAAACAAAGAUUCUAGUAAUGUGACAACAGCUGUCUUAUCCGCUUAUGCUCAAUUAGGUUUAUAUGAUGAACAAGUACGACGUUUAGCUGCUAAUGAUCAAGCAUCAUUAGAAGUUCAAUAUCAUGCAUUGAAUGCUAUUCGUCAUAUAUGUCCAGAUAAUGUUGAUGAUAAUAAUGAAUUAAGAAUUCGUACAGAUCUUCAAAAUCUUCUAUUGAGAAAACUUCAAAAUAAAGCUAAUAAAAAUGCUGUACGAGUAUGGGCAUUUGAAGCUUUGUAUACAUCAUUUAUUUAUAAUCCUGAAGAAGCUGAUUCAACAUUAGGAGAUGCUUUAGAAAAAGCAUUUGGUGAUAUUCUUAAUGAACCACUUAAUCAAGUAAAUGGUUAUAUCUGGUCAACUCUUAAAUAUGCAUCACUUGAUCGUCUUUGUCCAUUACGUGGUCUUGCUGCUCGACUUCGUGUUCAUCAUCAUGAUAAGAAACAAUUUGCUGAACAAGCAACAUUAUCAUCACGACAACUUCAAAUGGAAUUACCACUUCGUAAGAAUUAUCGAGCAUUUAUACAACUUUCAUUUGUAUUUGAAAAUGAUCGUAUUGUUCCAUCAUUUAUUGGUGCUAAAUUAGCAUUUGAUGGUAUUCGUCGUGAAACACUUCGUUUACCAUGGGUUGAUCUUGCAUUAAUUAGUGAAAAUCUUGAUUGGAAUUUUGCAGAAUAUUUCUUUCGUAUGGAUUCAUUAAAUAAAGCUAACAAUGUUACUGACGAUGAAAAAACUCGUAUUAAAAAUGCUUUACCACCACCUGUAAAACGAUUACAAGAUGCUUAUGAUAAUAAAGAAGAAGACCCUGAUCCAUCAGUUCAUCUUUAUUUGAAAUUAUUUGGUGCUGAUGUACGUUCACGUGAUAUAACUGAUAAAGUUCAAGAUGUUCUUAAAACUAAUUUACGCACAUUCAUUCGAAAUCAAAUUAUGAGUCGAUUACAAGAAUUAAGUGGAAAAAAUCCAUUAUUUCGUAUACCAUUAGAAAUAGGUGCUGCAACAGGAGCUGCUAAUGGUUUAACAUUAUUUAAAUCAGUUCAAGUUGGUAUCAUGGCUGAUUUAACAACUGUUAUAAAAACGACUCAAGAUAGCGCAGGAAUGGGAUUAUUCUCAUUAACUAGUCGAUCAGCAUUAAGUUUUUCAUUAACACUUCAACGUGAAAUAACAUCACCAUUGUCAAGUAUUGGUGAAACAAUUCAUAUUGGUGCUUUAUCAAAUAUUCCAUUUGAAUAUACAGCUGAAGCUAAUCAAGCAGGACGUAUACGAGAAUUUAAUCUACUUAAUACACAAUCAACACUUCUUGCAACAGACUUUCAAUAUUCAUUACGUACAUCAAAAGGUCUUGUCGCUGUUCCAAUAACUAAAACAGCUAGUAUUGAACCAUCGUGUACAUCAAAUGCUAUCUAUCGUGGAUUAGGUAUUCGAGCAUGUUUAGAACUUAAUCCAUUCCGUUCAGUUCAACUCGGUAGUCGACCUUCGUAUCCAAUUACUAUCACAAUUAGUAAAGAACCAAGCAUUAAAAAAUAUCGUGUUGGUUGGCGUUUCAAUGCUCAAGAUGCUCCACAAUAUGAAGUUGCAGUUGAAAAAGUCGGUGUAACUGGAACAUAUCCUGGUUUAGGUAUUUCUGCAACAAAAACUGGCAAUGAUUUCGAUAUUAAAGUUUUAACUGGAAUGAAAUCAUUUAAUGUUAAAGGUACACAUGCUGGUAAUCGAUUUACCGGUAAAGUAUAUUCAAGUGAUAAUAAAGAAGUUAUGACAACAUCUGGUACAUUGGUUAUUAAUAAUGAUGGAUUUAAAUUAGAUAGUAACCUUGUUGAUCUUGCAAGUCGAAAGGAAAUAUUGAAAUUAACAACUGAUAUAUUACCUAAUCGUGGACAAGGUCUUUCAGCUGAUAUUAGUUUAACAACUCCUGAUCAAGCUAAAUCAUUUAAAAUCAAUUUUCGUGGUGAUUUAUAUAAACCAAAUCAAAAACUUGUUCAUAUCGAUGCCGGCUUUAAAAUUGGUGAUGUAAGUUAUAGUGGAAAAGCUCAUUUAGAACGUAGUGAUGAUCAUACACGAAUUGAACUUCAUCGUACAAUGAAAUUAAGCAAAACUGCAUCACAAAAUGGUUAUGAAUUUUUAUAUGAUCGUAAAUGUAAUCAUGCAUCAACUACACAAAAUGAUCAUAAGAUUCAAUCACAUUUAGCAAUGCGUGUACCUAAUCGUGAUACACCAAUGAAAGUAUUUGAUUUCAAAACAGAUUUUGCUCGAACAAAAGAUUUAUCUAAUGCAACACUUCAUAGUUCACUUGAUUUCGUUAUGUUAACACGACAACCACCCGUAGCAGAAAAUAUUCAAAUUGAUUAUGUUCGACGUUCAAUUAGAACAGUAAAUCAAGCAAGACGAUUAGUUUCACCAGAAGCAAAUUUAAAAGUACAAGUUAAAACAAGAUCAAAUGUAUUUAAUUUUCUUUUGGAUCAUAAACAUCGUCGAAGUUCCGAAGCAUCAAAAAAAGGUCCUGAAACAUUACCACCAACACUUGAUAUCAAUAAUAAGAUUCAUAUUAUUGCUGAUACUGAUAAAUUAUUUCCUGAUCUUCCACGUCCAUUUGCAUUUGAUAUUUUAUCAGAUCUUGAUUUUGAAUUACUUAAUAAAAUUAAUUAUAAAUUUCAAUAUGAUCUUCGUCGUCGUCAACGUUCUGGUUUAUUAACAUACAGUAGUCAAGUUGAUAAAGUCACUAAUGGUCAUUUAUAUUCUGGUACAAGUAAAUCAGAAUUACAAUGGGAUAAUAAACAAAAGAAAGCGACAGCAACAGGUAAUUUUGUUAUAUGUACACAUUCACGUUCAUUAAAAACACAUUGGGAUAUUGAUACAAAUCUUGUCCAAGAUAAAAAUGAUAUGACACUUGAUAUUAAUGCUCGUUUUGAUCGACAACCGAAAAAAGAUGCACCAAAAUCAUUUAUUGGUGUAUAUAAUAUCACACUUAAAGCACCUAAACAUGAAUCAUUUCAAUUAAUUGAUAUCGAUGGUAAUGUAACAAAACAAGCUGGAUUAUUAGAAACAUAUAAUUCAAUUGCUUAUCGUGUUGAUAAAGAUUUAAAAGAAAUCAAUAUUAAUCUUGUUGUUGAUCGUAAUACAACUGGUGAUGGUUCAAUUCAAUCUCAUGCAACACUUGCAAUACCAUUCUUGAAAAAUCUACCACUUAUUACACAUGAUUUAGUAUUAGAACGUUCUUCAGUUAAUGGACGUCUUAGUCAUGUAGCAUCACAACUUAUUGCUAAACCUGUUUUUUCACAUUAUGGUAGUAUUGAUAUUGAUCGAGCAACACAAAAUGGAAAACCAUGUGUACAUAUUGAUAAUGAAAUUGAAUAUUUACGUGGUAAUGGUGAUAGUUUACAUGGUUUAUCCAAAAUUGAUGUACAUCGUUGGUCAAAAUUACAUUCAUUUGGUUUAGUCAAACGUAAUACAGAUUUAUUACAUAAACAUUCAAUUGGUUAUAUAUUUUCAAAUAAAACACGAAAAGUUGCAUUAUCAUUAGAAAGUCCACAAUUAUCUGGCAAUCCAUUAAGUAUUAUUGGUGAAUUAACAAUUGAUCGAGAAAAUCGUAUUGGAAAAAUGAAUUGGCCACAAGAAUUUGGUGUUCAUUUUGAAUUUGGUACACCAUUAUCAAAUCUUACUGCAAUUCAAGCUUACUAUAAUUUACCUAUGUUUCAUAAAGAUGAUGAUCAAACAGUUGAUGCAUCAAUUGGUUUCAAAGUUGCAUCACCAAAAAUUACUCCAAUUAGCUUCCAUUUCCAUUCAGAAGGUUCACUUAAUACAUCACUUCAUGCUACAGAAUCUUUAAAUAUUGGUGAUGAUAUUGCUUUAAAUACUUUAUUAACUGCUAAAUAUAAUACACAAUCUAUAAGUCAAAUAAGUGUUUCAACAAGUUCGAAAUAUUAUGACCAAGAAUUUCAAAAUUCACUCUAUGCAUUAUUUAAACAACAUCAAGUUACUAUACGAGGUAUUUUAAAUACAACAACAAAUGAAGAUUAUAAAUAUGAAAUGGAUAUUGGUUUCGAUGAUGAUACACUUACUGGACAUACAGAACGAACUGAUGGACAACAAACAAUUGUUUCAGAUAUUGAUGCUAAAAAAUGUAGUGCAACUGGUAAAUAUUAUCGUUGUUACAAAGGUGAUAUUACUAUUCGAACAGGUAGCAGUGGUGCUGGACAAAAAGGUACAUUUGAUGUUAGUUAUGGUCGUGGUGCAGCUAAAUUAGAUGUUAAAGUACCAAAUAAUCUUGAAAUUAAAGUUGAUCAUAUACAUACUGGUCGUUUACGUGAUGAAGAUUUUAGUUCGAAAACAACAAUUGAAGGAAAAUCUCUUCGAGCAAAUAAUCGUGGUGCAUUGAGUUAUAGUGGUACAGUUGAAAAAGAAGAUGGUAAAUGGAAUACAGUUCAAUUACAAAGUUCAUUAAGCGAUAAAACUGGACAAAAAUUAAUCGGAUCCGAUAUUCGUAUGAAUUCAAAAAUAAUUAAUAAACUUUCAGGACAAUAUCAACGUAAAAUUGUUUUUAAUUAUGAACGAAAAGGUCAGUCUAUUAUUGCUUGGUCAAGUGAAUCAAAUAGUUGUCCAAAUAAUCCAUCGAAUGUUCUCUAUGGUAUAUGUCAAACAACAACAUUUAAUAUUAAAGCAAAUAAUAAAUUUGUACAACGUCUUCGACAACGUUUUGAAUUAACACCUGAUCCAAUGUUAUCAAAUCCAACUGGUCAUGUUCCAUAUGAUGGUACAUUAAAACUUGAUUUAAAACAUGAUCCAAAAUCAGGUCCACAUACAGUUAAACUCGAUGUUAAUCGUAUGAAAGCCGAUGCUGUUGAUCUUGAUAUAACAUAUCAACCUCGACAUGAUAAUAAUCCAAUGAAAGUUGAUUUAAAAGCAAGUCUUCCACGAAAAAAUCCAAUAUCUGUUAAAUAUGAUGAAACACUUCGUUCACAAACAAAAUUUAAUGGUAUCUUGAAAUAUUCAUUUAAUGCAAAUGAUAAUACAGCUGAAAAAACUUAUCAAUGUGAAGUUGAUCGACAAGAUGCACAAGAUGUAUCAGUUACUUGUAAAGGUGAACGAACAUCAUUAAGUUUAGAUAUUGAUCGUAAAGCUGGUAAAUCAAAAAUUUAUGUUGAUUUAAAUCGAUUUCCAGGACAACGAUUUGGUUAUGAAGCUACACGUGAUCCACAAACACAAGCACUUGAUGCUACAUUAUAUACACUUGUUUCAUCAUGGAAUAUUAAACGACAACCAGGAAGAUCAAUAACUCUUACUGUUAAACAAAAAAAUCUAGAAGUUUUACGUGUUGAAGGUACAAAAGCUGGUGAUAGAGAAUAUCAAAUUCGAUUUUCACCUUCAAAUAUUAAUCUUAGACUUGAUUGGGAUAAUUCAACAUCAAUUACACUUAAACAAACAUCACCACAAGCACGAAAUCUAGCAGCAAUCACAAUUGAUCGUGCUCAAAUUCGUCAUUAUUUACCAUCUUUACGUAAUCAAAAUCGACCAUCACAUGAUAUUGAUGAAGCUGCAUCAACAUCGAAAAAACCAUUAGUUGAAAUAACAUUUGAUUCACAUGUUCUUAUUUCACUUUCACAAGCUAUCGAUAAAUUAGGUUCACAUAAUGGUCUUUUUGGUUUAGAUACAAUUAAAAAAGCUUAUAAAUUACAAAUUGGUGAUGCACCAGUAACUAUCUAUAACACACAACACUGGAAAACUCAUCGAGAACAUAGUCAAUUACCAGAAAGUUAUUCUGUUCGUAUUGUUAAUAAUGCAAAUGGAAAUUUUGUUCAAUUAACAUCAAAUAAAUGGAAUGAAGAUCGUCAAAUAUCGAAAAUUAGUCAUUCAUUUGAUGGUGGUAAAACAUCAACAACUGAUUUAAAACUUAGUCGAAAUUAUGGAUAUCAAGUUGGUUCAGUAUAUUUCUUUCAUAGUUUAGGUUAUCGAAAUGUUGAAGGAGCUAAACAACUUCGAAAUUUUACACGAACAUUUCUUCGUAAUCAUUUAAUGAAAGAUAUGAAUAAGACAAGUAUUGCUGAAUUAGUUAACGACUUUCGUAAACGUGUACGAAAUAUUUUGGAUGUUGAUUAUAAUGCUCUUAAAGCAAUUGUUGCUCGAUGGAAAGAAGAACCAGAAAAGAACUUUCUUCGACAAUGGUCAACUCGUCUUGGCUUGUCUGAAUUCUUUGCAAAAUAUCCAACAUAUACUCAAGCAUCGGAAGCUAUAUUUGCUACUCUUCAAGAACGUACUACUGAACGAGAAGCAUUCUGGCGUGAACGUAUUGCAACAAUUGUUAAUGAUAAUCGUAUUAAAGAUUUAGCAGAACGAGUUCAAGCUCGUCGUUCAGCAUUAAUUAAAGAUUUAUUAGAUCGCGCAGAAAAACUUCUCGAUCGUUUCUUACCAACAGUCGAUCAAGCAAAUGUUGAAAAACGUAUACAAGAUUAUGUUACAAAAUUAUUAGCUGGAUUUGAACGAGUUUCAAAACAACGAACUGAACAAAUGAAAGCAGUAUUCAAAGCUAUUGAUGAUGCAAGUAAAGGUGAAGAAAAUAAAUGGUUUCGAACAUUAGUUGCUGAUAUUGAUUCAAAUGCAUUUUCUGCAGCUGCUGAUGCUGAAUCUGCUAAAGUAUUUAAAAAAUUAGGUGAUUCAUCGAAAUUACUUGUUAGCAAUAUUAAUAAAUUAUCACGACGUAUUACAAAACGACGUGAAGCUUUUCGUGAACGUAUAUUAAAUGCUAUUCGACAUAUACCAAAAGCUUAUAUUAAUACUACAAAUUUUGAAUUAUUCUUUCCUAUUGGUCGUCAACCAGGUAGUUAUGCUGGUACAAGUGAAACAAUGCUUGCACUUGGUAGUCUUCUUCGAAAUCGUGAUCAAGCAUUUGAUACUAUACGUUCCGUAUUAGUCAAUCGUUUUGAAGCACGUGCAGAAACACGUGAAAAUUAUUUUAAAGCAUUACGUUCACUUGUUAAACGUUUAUUUAAACGUAAUCCAUCAUUAACACCUGAAUUUAAAGCUGUUAUUGCUCAAACUGGUGAUGCUAUUGAUUUACAUGGAAAUUAUAUUUAUCUUGAUCCAUCAUGUGAUUAUCUUGUAGCACAUGAUUUUGGUAAUCAACAAUUUUCAUUUCGAUUUAUUAAUAGUAAAAUUUAUUUAUUAUCACCAAAUCGUGGUGAAGUCAAAGAAUAUGAAUGUUCGGAUACUGGUCGUGUUCAAGUUUGUAAUAAUGGAAAUUAUUAUACUCUUAAUGUACCAAUGCAUUAUGGUGAUACUAUUGAUGGUGCACUUGGUAAUGCACGUGAUCGUACCAAAAAUACUAAUCUUAAUCGUUGGUUAGUACGAGAUUGUCCAGCUGCAACACGUAAUCAACCAAGAAGAGGUGGAUCAUCAAUUGUUGAAUGUUCUAGCAGUGAUGAUGAUAAACAAGAUUUUUGUGAAAAUUUUGUUCUAAAUGGUGUUAAAAAUGGACAAGAUAGACGACGUUUGAUUACUCAAGCCAUUGAAGCACGUAAACAAGCAACAUAA